GUUAAACCGAAACAAACAUUUAAACAUCCUGAAGUCUCUCUCAGGUUAAGAAGCAAUAACAAAACAAAAAUACUACAUCCUCCUCUAGUUACCACCCAGUCUCUUUCCUCUUGUCACAUCUAAAGUUCUUGAGAGGUCUCCAACAGAGUCCUAUACCUUCUCACCUCCCACUCACUCCUUCAUUCACUUUAAUCAGCCUUCCAGCCUCUUCUGAAACUGCAAACCAUCCGAACAGCCUUGCUAUUGUGAACACCCUUUUGUACUUACCUUACUUGGCCUCCUUGUACUUCCUGACAUUUGUCUUCUUCCUCUUGGAAGCACUCCCAUCCCUGGGGCUUGUUCUUUCCCACUGAUUCUUCCUUAUCAUCCUCCUUCUUGUUAGUUUCCUGGCAUCUUAAAGGAACUGGGUUCCUUAGGAUUCUGCCUUCAACUCUCUUCUCAUGCUACGUUCUGUCCCUUAUUGGAACAUGUGCCUUACAGAUGAUAUUGCAUUUAUUAAAUCCACCAGAGGGAAUGAGAAGGAACCUGAUGAAACACCUGGUCUAACAGAAGGAGGCAGAGAAAUUUAUGAAGAGGGGAUCCUGAAGAAUUUGCUCCUGGGCCGUGAAGAUGGGAAGCUGAGUCAGAGUGCAUUUCUUCACCCAAUCCCACAGCCACACAUGCCUGCUCACUCACGGGAUCGUCCCACUCUCCUUGGGAAGGCUUCCGAGCUGCUUCCUCAGGAUGUCCUGUGGUCGCAGCCUGACCUGUCAAAGCCAUGCGAAUGCCAUCUGUUCAGUUAUAUAACUUGAGAUCUGGGAAGAAUUCUCAGCAUAGGAUUUGCUGCCCAAAUCGAAUCAUUUUCAGAAAGGAGAUUAAAUAUUCUUUGCUGGGAAAAGGAGAAAUAACCAGACAAAUUAACAUUUCACUGAGUAUAAACAAACCUUUGUCCAAAAUACACAAAUGAAAAUGACAAAUUUGCUUCACUAAUAUUUGCUUGCAUUAAACAUAUACACAGGACUAUGGAUCAAUAUCUUAAGUGCAAAAUAAAUUCUUAAUUGGGAACAUGGAAUUAUUAAUUUAACCAAUCUUAAUUUUGUUUAGAUCAUUAGCCUGCAGUGUAAUGCCCCAAGCAGAAUUUGGGGUGAGGGGCUUGGUGGGGGAAGAGGAAGUGCUCAUUACUACAGACUUGACAAGAUUCUUAACACUACAGAAUGAUUUUUCUUUCAUGGGAGGGGAAGAUAUCUGGCCCACCAGCAGUCAGACAGAAACCCUGACUUGUGAUUUUAACAUUACCUUAUGUGACCCAUGGUCACCUUGUAUGACCAAACAAAACCAUUUAUGAAAUAGCUGCCUGGAGUUAAGGAUUUAAAUGGUAACUUUGUAGACUAGGUUUUCUCUCGUCAUCUAAUUUAUUCGCCUUAACGCUUGUUUCUUUGCCCUUAUUCUUACUGGUCCUCGAGUAUAAUAUCCUGAGAAUUUAUGUUGAACAGCACUAAUUUUUUCACAUGGAGCUAGCACAUGUUUAUGACUAGCACAAGUUUAUGACUACAAAAAACAGAGAUUUUGUCAUCUUAAACUGAAUUUACUGGGAAUAAAAUCAGUCAAUACAGAAAAGUAUAACAAAGGAAAUAAAAAUCACCACAACUCCUACUACCCGAAGAUUAUAUGGUUAAAGUGUUU